CGGGCCAUGGCGGGGAGCGGCGGAGCCGGGGCGGCCCCGCGGGAGCACCGCCUGCAGCCCGGGGACACCCUGCCGGGGCUGGCGCUGCGCUACGGGGUGACGAUGGAGCAGAUCCAGCGCGCCAACCGCCUCUACUCCUCGGACUCGAUCUUCCUGCGAGCCACGCUGCUCAUCCCGGGACACCGGGACACGGCCGGGGACCCUCCCGGUGACACCCCCGGUGACAGCCCCGGUGACAGCCCCGGUGACCGGCCCGGACCCCCCCGCCGCGAGCUGUCGUGCUCGGAUUUCCUGCGGCGCUUGGACGCCGAGAUCGGCCGCUCCAAGGAGGCGGCGGCGCAGCGGCUGCGGGGCCGCAGCUCCGGCCCCGCGCCCGCCGGGGGCGGCCCCGGCCCCGCGUCCCCCCGGGGCGCCCGCCUGGGACCCCGGCCCCUGAGCCGGAGCCCGCGGGCGGCCGCGCUGCGCGACGCCGAGGACGAGAUCUUCACCCUGUGACAGCCAGGGGACAUUGGGGACACUGGAAUGGGACAGCAGGAUGAGAUCUUCACCCUGUGACAGCAGGGACAGCGAGGGGACACUGGAACGGGACAUUUGGGACACUGGAAUGGGACACCAGGACGAGAUCUUCACCCUGUGACAGCCAGGGGACACUGGAAUGGGACACUGGGGACACCAGGACGAGAUCUUCACCCUGUGACAGCCAGGGGACACUGGGGACACUGGAAUGGGACACCAGGACGAGAUCUUCACCCUGUGACAGCCAGGGGACAUUGGGGACACCAGGACGAGAUCUUCACCCUGUGACAGCCA